AUGGAAAACCUAAAGUCAACUUUAUUCAAAUUUAAGGGAUAUUAUUUUAGUCGGUUAAGACUUAAACUUGACUUGGUAGAAAACUUAGAAGAUUUUGAAAUCAGAGAUGAUGAUGUCUUCAUAGUCACAUAUCCCAAAUCUGGAACCGUCUGGUUUCAGCAGAUAUUAAGUUUGAUUUACUUUGAAGAACAUCGCAAAAAGACUGGGAAUCUGGACACAAUUGAUCAAGUCCCCUUCUUCGAGUACAUCAGUCCAGAAAAAAAUAUUGUCAAAAAAACAACUACUAGUCUCUUUGCUACCCAUCUCCCAUACUACUUGUUUCCAAAUGGGAUGAAGAACAAAAAAGCCAAAGUAGGAAAUGGACUAUGGCUGUUGAAAGAUAACUGCUCCUUUUUCAUUAUUUCAUUUCCUUUCAUUACUUUGACACUGUACUCAUCCAACUGUUAG